UGUACUAUUUAUAGCUUUAAUUUCACUCUUGGUUACCUACGUAGUUCUGAAUUGAAAUUGACAGUGUUUAUGUACACUCUACAGGGUAUAGAGCGGCUAUGUUUUAUACACUACAGUUUAACUCUGAUAGGUUUUAUCUCUACAGGGAAAAUAGCAAAUAUCAAACUGCAGCGGGGAAAAAAGAACGGUAUACAGUAUUUUUACAUCCAUGUUCCUUCUUGACUUUUUGACAGAGUGUAUGACUGCCACGCCCCCUUGCUGGUACGCCUACAACGUGACGUUGGACGAUUCCUUUAAUGGGCGUAGCGGAGGGACAACCCUUGUCAGGAGAACAGCUUUAACCUCGGCUCCCUACCUCGCUGUGGUGUUGUGCAGUAGUACAAGGUACAAGUUAUUCCUUGCUGCUAACUUAACAACGACAUUUUUAAACAUUGGAGACGGGAAUGGAUCAGGGGAGGAUCAUUGUGAACUCGUGGGCGGGUCUGAAUCCACAGCGGUAACUGCGGGAGAUUACGUUAACUCUCCAGCUGUUUCAGGUGCACCUUAA